AUGGUGCCACGCAUCAACUCUGACACUGAGGAAGCGCCUGCACCACAUCCUAAACGGGUUGCUGUGCCAUCAGCAAAGGUGAUUAGUGCGGACAAUGCAGCUGAUCAAGAGCUUCUUUCCCACAGAAUAGCUCAUAUCGCAAACCGCGCUGCUGUUAUCUUGGACCCUACUGACUUAGAUGGGGCCGACAACGACAAAAUCCAGCUGGUGAGCCCCCAUACCAACAAAUGGCUCAUCAAAGGACGAAAACAGGUUGCACAAAGUCCUGAUGCCGAGGAUGUCGACCUUGCACAGCCUCCUGCUUCUGACGAGGACUGA